AUGGCCGCCGUUUCCUACUGCCUGGCAGUUCUGCUGAUUGUCGCUAGGGGCGCGGCUGGCGGGGAGAGGGCGCGUUUCGACCACUACCAGGUGUUCCGACUGACACCCAGCUCCGCCACGCAGCUGCACCUGCUCAAUGCGCUCAACGCCAGGCCUGACGGGCUGGAGUUCCUGAGCGAGCCCAGCGCCGUGGCGCGGUCAGUGAACGUGAUGGUGGCGCCGCACCAGAGACCUGCUGACUACCAGCGGCAUCGGCUACGCCAUCACCAUACCGGACGUCCAGAGGUAGGGACCACCUCCUACUUACCGUGCUGCACAAGUUCCCAACGUAUACUCUCUGGAGGUAAUGAACACAUUUCCCAUGUUGUGUUCACCAAAGACAGGUGCCCAGUAUCAAGGCAGGACGGUGAGAGCAGUGGCAAGAACAGCACGGACUACGACUGGGAAACCUACCAGGACCUACCUGAGCUGAACGCGCGGAUAGACGCCACCGUGGCCCGACACCCUGAGGCGGCUUCGAUCAUCGUGGCAGGCAGCUCCUUCGAGGGACGGCCGCUCAAGGGUGUCCGGAUUUGCCACGGGCCCGGCAGACCCGUCGUCUUCGUUGAGGCCGGCAUAGACGGCGCCGAAUGGCCGUCCGUGUCGACGGCGACGUUCCUGGUCCACCAGCUGCUCACCAACGACAGCGAGGCUGUGCGGCGCGUUGCCCAGGCCUUCGACUGGCACGUCCUGCCCACGGCCAACCCAGACGGCUACAACUACGCGCACACCACAAUGGAAGUGGCCGGCAUAUCGGCGGAAGCACUUUCUAGAAGAUACGGCACCAAAUAUCAGACAGGGACUAUCUUCGACGUCUUCGGAGGCGUGUCCGGGAGCAGCGUGGACUGGGUGAAGAAGUGGCUGGGCGCGCGCUUCGUGUUCGAGUACGAUCUGCGCGACACGGGCGGCUUCGGCCUGCUGCUGCCCCCCGCGCAGGUGCGGCCCGCCGCCGAGGAGACGGCGGACAGCCUCGUCGCCAUGAUGCGCGAGGUGCUAGCCCGCACUGCAGCUCCACACUAG